AUAAAUUGAGCAUAGUAGUGGCAAAUCAAUUAGGACUUUUGGAGAAGAAGAUACAGUCUCUUAACCCUUUUUUUUUUUUCUUCUCUCUCACUCUAACCCUCAAAUUAAUAUUUCAUCACCCUUUUCCUAUCUAGAUUCAACCAGUCUAGCUUUCCCAUCUAUAAAGUUUACAAAUUUGUGUCAACACAUUUUUGGGUUUCCCCCAUUACAAGUAACCCAGAAGAAGAAUCAGAGAAAACGAUUGUGGCAAAUUAAACUUCAAAAUUUGCAGAGCAUUGCCUGAGUUUUCCAGCAAUGAGCAAUGCAUACAUGUCAAGAUUCUGCAGCAUCCAUCACACUGCUGCCACUCCACUGCCUUCAAGCGCGAAUCUCUUUUUUGAACUUUUUAGAAGCUUCUCUUCCUGUAGUUCAUUGGCUGUAGCUCCUUCUGUUCCUCUCAUUAGUAGUCACUCUUCACUAACAUUGACAGCUCAAAACUCCCCGUCUGAUACUAUACAACGCUCUGAGGAGUGGUUUGCUCUCCGCAAGGACAAACUUACUACUAGCACAUUCAGCACUGCUUUGGGAUUUUGGAAGGGGACCCGCCGAGCUGAGCUCUGGAGUGAGAAGGUUUUCUCUUCUGAUACCCAUUUCGAACCUUCUAGUAUGCGGGCUAUGGAGUGGGGUGUUCUCAACGAAACUGUGGCUAUCGAGAGGUAUAAAAGCAUUACCGGGCACGAUAUCAGCUUCUUAGGCUUUGCAAUUCACUCCGAGCAAAAAUUUGAUUGGAUGGGUGCUUCUCCAGAUGGUCUUCUCAGUUGCUCUCCCCAGGCAGGUAUCCUUGAAGUGAAAUGCCCAUAUAACAAAGGAAAGCCUGAAUUGGCGUUGCCUUGGUCAACAAUGCCAUUCUACUACAUGCCCCAAAUCCAGGGUCAAAUGGAGAUAAUGGACCGAGAAUGGGUCGACCUCUAUUGUUGGACACCUAAUGGGAGCACAAUCUUCAGAGUACAUAGAGAACGGGGAUAUUGGGAGCUCAUGCAUGGAGUUCUACGCGAGUUUUGGUGGGAAAAUGUAAUUCCUGCAAGAGAAGCUUUGUUGGUUGGUGGGGAAGAAGCAGCCAACUACUAUAAACCAGCCCCAAAACACAGACAGACUGGUCUGGUGAUAUCUAAGAGCAUUAAGUUAGCAGCCGAGGCUAAAUUGUUGUGCAAGGAAAUUGCAGGUCAUAUUGAAUUCUGUACAUGACAAACCUUCUGUUGAAUGAACAAAUUGGUGAUUUUGUAAUUGGGCUACAUUUCCCAAUUCUAGCCUUCAGUGCAAUAUUGCCUUUUCUUUAAUCUAUAGUAUAUCUUUUGGAA